AUGGUUAUAAAUCCGUUGUUGGUAACAAUACAGAGCAAAUUAUUGGAAGACAAAGUGAACAUGAUUUUGGAAGAAAAUAAAGACCUCAAUAAGUUAGUAAGGGAUAUGUCACAACAAAUUAAUGAUCUUGAGCGUGAAGCUCAAAACAGAAAAUAUGUUUACACCGACACUGGUUUGAAAUAUGCCGUUAGAAAGGACAAAAGGCUACUUAUGAACGGUUUGGUUCCUCAACAAGAAACCGAUAUUGUAGCCUUUUCAGCUACAUUAAACCAUGUUGUGACGCUUGGAACCCAUCAAGCAAUUGAAUAUGACAAUGUCAUUACUAAUAUUGGUCAUGCGUACGAUGCUCGCCAUGGACAUUUCAUAGUACCCUUUAAAGGAUUAUACCUCAUAUCAGUAACAGGAUACAACUCGCCAGCCGUCAAUGUAUUCCUUGAACUCGUUCGCAAUAGCCAAGUCAUUUUUAAUAUGUAUUCCGAUGGUAGAGGAGGUGGGCAAUCAGGCCUGACAGAAACAUUGAUUUUGAGCUUGGACAAGGGUGAUAUGGUAUGGGUACGUGGUCGUUCAUCCGGUAACGACAUCUAUGGUUUUCCAACGGAAAAUUGCAAUUCAUUUUCUGGCUAUAGCUUACAGAAGUUGUAA